AUGGCCGCUGGAAACAUGAGCCUGCCGCCGAAUCUGACGCAGCAGCAUAUUCAAGAGGUUUUUCAGAAAUACAAGCAGAUGCAAGAGCAAGGCGUCCGUCAUGACGACCCCGAAUACCUAAAAGCUCAUAACCUCCUCUCUGCCGUCCAAAGACAGCAAGUCUUCCACAAGCAACGACAAAUCGCGCAGCAGCAGCAGCUUCAAGCACAGCAACGUCAGCAGCAGUUGAAUGGCGCGACUCCUGACUCUGUCUCCGCAAAUGGUGUCAAUGGUCGAAGCAACUCCAUCUCUUCCGGCGUCGGCCCCGCGCAGGAUGCCACUCCCGCAACUGCGAGUGGUCAGCAACAACCCCCGGGACAGUCCGCUCCCCAGAAGGGCGUUCCGGUUCCGGGUGGUGGCUUCACGGCCGAGCAACUUGCGACGCUGCGAAAUCAGAUCUUAGCUUUCAAGAUGCUUUCCAAGAACCUUCCUUUACCAGCUCGUGUUCAGCAGCAGCUGUUCGCUGCUAAGAAGCAACAGACACCCGCCCCACCCGAUAACAUUGCGGCUGCCGAGACUGUUCUGGACGGUGUGAGCCGCGAUAAAUCUGAACAGCCCACAAGUGCCACCGAGGACGCUCCUCAGACUAAAGACUUUUAUGAAAGCUUCCAGUCGCCGUACGAAUCGAUCUCUAAAACAAUCAGCUUCACCGAUCACGCUUCCCGCGUCAACCGCGCACGCAUUCCCGCUCUGAUGCCGCCUGGAGUCGACCUGGACCAGGUGCGCGAGGAGAGGGAGGUGAUUCUGUACAACAAAAUCAAUGCGCGCAAAGCGGAGCUCGCCGAACUGCCUGCCAAUGUUGGCGUGUGGAAUUCUAGCCAAGGCGAUACCGCGACUGGUGACGAUUCCUUGAAGUUGAAAGCUCUGAUCGAAUACAAGAUGCUCAACUUGCUACCAAAGCAAAGGCUCUUCCGCAAGCAGAUUCAGAAUGAGAUGUUCCAUUUCGAUAAUCUUGGCAUGACUGCAAAUCGCUCGAACCAUCGCCGAAUGAAGAAGCAGUCCCUGCGGGAAGCUCGGAUCACCGAGAAACUAGAGAAGCAACAGCGUGAUGCUCGCGAGACGCGCGAGAAGCGGAAGCAAUACGAUCAACUUCAAGCGAUCCUCAACCACGGCUUGGAACUUCAGAACGCCGCCAACCAGCAGCGUACCCGUAUGCAGAAGUUGGGUCGCAUGAUGCUUCAGCAUCACCAGCACAUGGAGCGUGAGGAGCAGAAACGUGUCGAGCGUACUGCCAAGCAGCGUCUCCAGGCUCUUAAGGCCAACGAUGAAGAGACAUACAUGAAGCUUUUGGGACAAGCCAAGGAUUCCCGUAUCUCUCAUCUGUUGAAGCAGACCGACAACUUCCUUCACCAGCUUGCGGCGUCGGUUAGAGAGCAGCAGCGCAGCCUUGCCGAACGCUAUGGCGAGGAUGACCAUUUCUAUGAAGAGGAGGAAGAAGAGCUUGCUACAGCCUCUGGCAGUGACGAAGAAGGCGAUGGAAGACGUAAGAUUGACUAUUACGCCGUGGCUCACCGUAUCAAGGAGGAGAUCACUGAGCAGCCAAGCAUCCUUGUGGGUGGCCAGCUCAAGGAGUACCAGAUGAGAGGUUUGCAGUGGAUGAUUUCGCUAUAUAACAACAACCUCAACGGUAUCCUGGCCGAUGAGAUGGGUCUGGGUAAGACGAUUCAGACCAUCAGUUUGAUCACCUACAUAAUCGAAAAGAAGAAGAACAAUGGCCCGUUCCUGGUUAUUGUGCCUCUCAGUACUCUCACCAACUGGAACCUGGAGUUCGAGAAGUGGGCCCCGGCUGUCUCAAGGAUUGUCUACAAGGGUCCUCCGAAUGCGCGUAAGCAGCAGCAACAGGCCAUCCGGUGGGGCAACUUCCAGGUUCUUCUCACCACCUACGAAUACAUCAUCAAGGAUCGGCCAAUUCUGAGCAAGGUCAAGUGGACCCACAUGAUUGUCGAUGAGGGUCACCGUAUGAAAAACACUCAGUCCAAGCUGAGCAGCACUCUGUCGACGUACUACACCAGUCGGUACCGUCUUAUCUUGACCGGUACCCCUCUGCAGAACAACCUUCCCGAACUGUGGGCGCUUCUGAACUUCGUUCUGCCCAACAUUUUCAAAUCGGUCAAGUCGUUUGACGAGUGGUUCAACACUCCCUUUGCCAACACCGGUGGUCAGGACCGCAUGGAGCUGUCCGAAGAAGAACAGCUCCUGGUUAUUCGUCGUCUGCACAAGGUUCUCCGUCCCUUCUUGCUUAGACGUCUCAAAAAGGAUGUCGAAAAAGAUCUGCCCGAUAAGCAAGAGCGUGUCAUCAAAUGUCGCUUCUCUGCCUUGCAAGCCAAGCUAUACCGUCAACUUGUUACACACAACAAGAUGGCUGUCAGUGAUGGCAAGGGCGGUAAGACCGGAAUGCGUGGUCUUAGUAACAUGCUGAUGCAGCUGCGGAAACUGUGCAACCAUCCCUUUGUGUUCGAACCCGUCGAGGAUCAGAUGAACCCAACCCGCGGGACCAACGACCUUAUCUGGCGUACUGCCGGUAAAUUCGAGCUGUUGGACCGUAUUCUACCCAAAUUCCGGGCCACUGGUCACCGUGUCUUGAUGUUCUUCCAAAUGACUCAAAUCAUGAACAUCAUGGAAGAUUUCUUGCGUCUUCGUGGAUUGAAAUACCUUCGUUUGGACGGUUCCACUAAGUCCGACGAUCGUUCCGAUCUCUUGAAACUCUUCAACGCCCCCGAUUCGGAGUACUUCUGUUUCCUGCUUUCGACUCGUGCGGGUGGUUUAGGUCUCAACCUUCAGUCUGCCGACACGGUCAUUAUCUUUGAUUCUGACUGGAACCCUCACCAGGACUUGCAAGCACAGGACCGUGCUCAUCGUAUCGGUCAGAAGAAUGAAGUGCGCAUCCUGCGUUUGAUCAGUUCCAACUCUGUGGAAGAAAAGAUUCUUGAGCGCGCCCAGUUCAAGCUUGAUAUGGACGGCAAGGUCAUCCAGGCCGGAAAGUUCGACAACAAGUCCACCAACGAGGAACGAGACGCUUUAUUGCGGACGCUUCUCGAGUCUGCCGAAGCGGCCGAUCAGAUCGGCGAGCAGGAGGAGAUGGAUGACGACGACCUCAACGAUAUCAUGGCUCGGUCUGACGAGGAAUUGACUGUUUUCCAGCGUCUAGAUAAGGAACGGCCUUCGAAGGACCACUAUGGUCCGGGGCAUCCACUCCCCCGUCUGAUGGCGGAAAGCGAACUGCCGGAUAUCUACGUCGCGGAAGACAAUCCCGUUACGGAGGAGGUUGAGGUCGAUAUCGGUGGUCGCGGAGCUCGUGAGCGCAAGAUCACGCGCUACGAUGAUGGUCUCACCGAAGAGCAAUGGCUUAUGGCUGUGGACGCCGACGAUGAUACCAUCGAAGAUGCUAUUGCUCGAAAGGAAGCUAGAGUUGAACGCCGUCGUGUCAACAAGGAGAAGCGCGGACGAAAGUCUGGAGGCCCCGAAUCCUCACCCGAGCCAUCGCGGGAGAGCUCCGAGACGCCCCAGCCCAAGAAACGGCGUCGCGGUCCCGCACCCAAGCGCAAGGCGGAGGAGGUCGUGGAAGAAACGCCGCAGCCGAAGCGCAAGAGGGGCAGGCAGGCCAAGCCCGUCGAGACAUUGAGCCCGGAGGAUCGUGCUAUUCUCAACCGGAUAGUCAACCACGUUUACCAGACCCUGAUGGACAUGGAGCAAGAGCUACCGGCGGAUUCUUCGGAUAGCGAGGAUGGCCCUGUUACUCGAUCCAUCAUUGAGCCUUUCAUGAAGCCCCCGCCCAAGUCGCAAUAUCCCGACUACUACAUGAUCAUCCAAAAUCCCAUCGCCAUGGAAAUGAUUCGAAAGAAAAUCAACCGGGAUGAGUAUCAGAACCUGAGAGAUUUCCGGAACGACAUUCGUCUCCUCUGCCAGAAUGCCCGGACGUACAAUGAAGACGGCAGCAUCCUCUUUCAGGAUGCCAAUGAUAUUGAGGCUAAAUGCAUUUCCGAGCUGAGAAAGGAGACCGAGGGUCACCCGCAGUUCGCUAAUUUCGACGACUCGAGCUCGCCGGCUGGUAACGAUCAGUCUACCGCGGCCGUGUCUGGGGCCGAGACCCCAAGUGCAGCAACGCCCGGACAGCCCAAGUUGAAACUCACGUUCAACAGUAGCAACCGAGACAGCGCUGGUGCCAACGGGACGCCUGGCCCUGGAACGAACGACGACGAGUAA